CUGCAAAUGGAAGUGAACUUUGAUUCUUACUCGCGAGUUCCACACUAUGAUGCCGUCCUUCGAAACGCAGUCAGAUUGGACUGCCCGGCUCUCGUUUCGGCAGCUCUCGCCAAGGGUGCCAACAUCAACUGCCAGUUUCCGGACGAUUGGAACACCCCGCUCCACAUGGCAAUCACCACCGGUUGUCAGCCAGCGACCAUUGAGUGUUUGAUGAGUCACAAACCGGACUACAGUAUGGUGAGCAGGGAGAACUUUACGGCCCCGGAGCUGGCACUGCGUGCCGGGAUGGACUCACUCGGGCGGCGAAUGAUCGCGGCCGAGUUCAUGGAUGCGCGAGGAUGCAUCGGUCAUCCGGUCGAUGCAAUUUACGAGCUGCUGAAGCGAAAUUCGGUGCGCGCUCUGCAAAUUCUGUUGGAAAUGCUGCCCUUGCCGAAAUGUGAGCUGAUUGAGUGUUUGGCGAAGGCGGUUUCGAAGCUGGAGGUGAUGAAUGUGGCGAUCGGGCCAGAGUUGGAACUGUUUGCCCAUCUAACGAUUCUGCGCUUCGAUGGUGAGGAGCCAAUUAAUUGUGGCGCGAGUGCAGUUUUGAAAAUUCCCAAGCAUGAAGUGGAUGAACGAUUGCUGCUGAUUAUGGAUGGAAUCGAUCGGGUGAGGCGAAACUAUGACACCGAGUUGUGUGACGAUGUUGAUGAUGGAUUCCUGGAGACGCUGAGGAUGAUUUUGGGGCAGCUGUUUGCGGUGAAAAAUCAGGUGGAAUACUAUCCGGUGCUGCAGUUGGAAUAUUGCAUCGCAAUGUAUCUGGCGAUAUUGGACCGGAAGCCGGAGCUGGAUUUGUAUCAACUGGUGAUUAAUAAGUGUUUGGUUGUGGAUUUUUUGAAACAAUUUUACACAGCUCAUGAGAAUCGACUGAAAGUCGAUAAGAGAAUGUCUUGUGAAGUGUUAUUCGAGUUAGUGAAAAUUUUAGCACACGUCGGUGAGAAUACAAAAUUCAAAAAAAUCAUACACGAAUGGAAGCCGCUACUAGGAAAUGCAUACAAAGUGAAAGAGCAAGUGUUGAUCAAAAACCAAAUCUUGAAAGGUUCGCUGAUAUCCAUGGAGAAAUUGUCGGAUUACUGUGCGCUAUCGAAGGAGGAACUAAAUAAGCUCAAAAUUGAAGCCGAUGCCAUUAAUCGGAAAUUAGAAACUAGGAAGCUACGAUAUCGUCACAAGGCGUUGUUCAAGCUGUAUUUCAAAUUGAAACAGAUGUAUUCAUUACAGAAAACGAUUAGAUACCUAUCGGUAGUUGAGAAAAUUGAAAUCGAUUCCAAUCGCUGCUGCUACGUUCCGAUGCUAGCGAUUCAGCGCGCGGUGCAGGUUUUGGGGGAAACUCUCAAGUCGACGAAACUCUCGCCGAAUAUAUCGAGCGGCCUCAGGUCUACCAUGGAGUUUAUCUCGCCUGGUAACAUUCUUAGCACCAUAACCAAGUUGCGGCAAUUUUUCUCACACGAAUAUUCCGCCACGAAACAUUCUUUGUACGGUCGGUUGAGGGCGAAUGAUGGCGAGAUGAUAGAGCUGUAUGGAAAAAUUCGGUUGGAUCUGUUGAAAGUUCUCCCCAUACUUACCAAUAUCUAUGCAGGGAACAUCACGAAAUAUUACAAAUCAUUUCUGGGUCGGGUGUUUCAGAUGAAGUCCUACCGGGAAGUGCAAUCGUACGCUAGGACCUGUAAAGUCCAGUUUGGAUUUAAAAUUGAUUUCGAUUUCGCAACCGCGGAUGUCUCGGGAAUGGGUGAAUUGUUGCAAAAAUUGGAGCGAAGCUACGAUGGAACGAAUCACAAGGAGAAUAUAGCCAUUCUUGCUGAGAUGAGAAGCGUAUUGAGGCACUAUACGGAACGGAUGAACGACAGUUCGGUAGAUUAUAUGUCGGAAAUGGUGAUGUCAAGCAUAGGAGUUCUGUUGCUGAAUGAUGAUUUGAAUCAUCAGCGGGGUCUAGCUAAGUUCUUUCUGAAGACGUGUGUAACUCCCAAAAUUUACGAGUACGGGGCAAAAUCAUUGAUCAUGAUCAGGAGUAACCAUUUGAUACAGAAAUUGCUCGCUUUGGAGACCAAUAUCAUAGAUACCAAUUCGCUUGACCGAGUGAGUAUCAUCCAGAACAUGAUGCGACUUGCGUCUGCCGAAGAAGUUGAUUCGCUGCAUCAGCUUACACUGAGCAAAGAUAAGUUCAGUUUGGAGAGGAGUCGUCAAAUUGGCUCCACUUUGAAGCUUGAUAUACCAACAGCUGACCUGUUGGUUGACUUUGACAAAACUCUCGCAAAAUAUUACACGAAUGUGUUUGCUUUGGAUGAGAAAUAUCGCAGCGUGAAAAGCUUCUGCAAACGUCACAAGUUGAAAUACAACAAUGAGCUAGCGACAUCUUGCCGGCGAGAUGACAUAACCUAUUACAGACAAGUAUUCGAUUCUCUGGUUCUUGAUAUGGAAGAGAUUAUUUCUCUGCCCUCAGGAAUCGAAACAUUGGAGCUGGUCUCACUGAUAACCUCCUUCAAAAACUAUCAAACCGACAGCCCCGAUAUGCUGGCAGUAGAAAUCAUUCUUCUGGAGCUGCUAGAAAUCAUGUCGGUUCAAGGUAUUCUGACGGACAAUCGGACUUCCCUGUCGUACUAUCGACCAAUCAUUUCGGGACGCAAUCUUCGCAAUUAUCUGGCUCAUGAUUCGCUUGUGUACGAAACGGUUUGCAGGAAUAAAAGUCCCUACCUAACCAUCAUUUUGAACGCCAUUUGUUUGUGCAAGUACUCAUCUGUGGAGUUAUACUCUCAGGCCGAAAGAGUUGCCAGAAACGGCAAUAUCAUCCCCGUUUCCACCGUUGCUCAAUGGAUUAGCCAAUGUUUCGUGGAAAAACGCGGUUUUGUUCGAAAAUUGGAAGCUGGAGAUUUCUCGGCGAUUGCGGAGGGAAGAUUCGAAUAUAAAUUGCGAGACUUUAAGAUCGGCAGUGUUUUGGAGAAACUUAUUGAUAAGAACUCCGAAUCUUUCAUUCGCUAUUUCAAGGGGGAGCCAAUUCCACUUAAAACGGUGAUUGAAGUCCUCCUUCAGAAGGCCCCAAACCAAGUACAUUCCUUCUACAACGAAGAGGAUUUCACAGUUCGUGAACUAAUCUCCGAUGGAACUAUGCGAGCCAACAUGAGCUUCUAUCUUGCCCUUCAGCAUCGCCACUAUGGACUGCUGGAAGAGCUAGAUCGGCUCCACAGAGGAGUUUAUAUUAAGGAAUCUUUACAUAUGGCGAUGAUUUUCGGAAACGAGCAGGCCGCUUGCUCAAUAAUCGCUGAUCCUCAGGUGUACGAAUACUGCAACGAGGAUGCUCCUAGGUACAAUCAUACCAUACUGACGCAAGCUGUGAUACGUAAAAUGCCCAAAGUAGUUCGUCUGAUAUGCGAAAAAAGUCCCGAGUUGUUGGAGCGUCCCAACACAGCCCAAGAAACUCCGCUGAAUCAUGCCGCCGCCGUUGGAUGUCGUGAGACCGUAAGGAUUCUCCUAGAGCACGGAGCAGAGAUUCACCAUCCCCUCAAAUCUCCCAUCCUGUACGCGGUGAAGGUACGGAAGGAUGAUAUACUCGAGAUGCUGCUGCCUACCGAUGCUGAGUUGCGGAACGAUGAGAGCUUAUUGAAUCAGUUGGUGCACGAGGCUGGCAUGGUCGAUCAUGAUGUUCUGGUGAAACGACUGAUACCACUGGUGCGGUCCCCGACAACACUUCUUGACACCUUGAUCACUGCCAGUACCAAUGGCAACCUCGAGGUGGUGAAUACCGUGUUGCAACACGAUUCCAGUUUGGUGAAUCAAGUAGGAACCUCUGGAAGAACGGCUCUCAUCGGUGCAUGUCAGAGUGACUCCCUACGCCUAGCCAAACUUCUCCUCGAUCAUGGGGCUGAUUGCAACAGCCCUGAGGACUACCCAGCCUUGUUCCAUGCGGUAGACAGUAACAGAACAGCAUUCUUGAAGCUUUUCGUGAAGAGAAACCUCAUCAAUCCCAUGUUUCGUGAGGUCAUAAUCGCAAAACUGAUCGAGCGUUCAAAACUAAAACUCGCUUUGAAGCUUCUGCAGGCCGGCUUCCCCUUCACGAUCACCGCCAAUCCAACCAUCUUCAAGCGAGCCCAUGAAACUAACAUUCUCAAUCUACUCGCGAAAAUGUGCCGUCUUCGAGGCGACUAUCACCUCCAAAUCAAUGUCCAUAUUAUGCUCAAUGCAAUACUGGCCAAAAAUCAACCCUUCAUCAAACAGUUACUCUCCGCAGUCAUUCCCAGCUUAAGUCGCGUGGAACUAGCAAAGCUCCUGAAUGGCGCCGUGAAGGUCAACGACAGGGAAACCCUAGGCGCUCUGAUCGUCGCAGGAUGCGAUGUGAAUCAACCCGACGGCGAGUCGAUCACUCCACUUGCCUUCGCUGUUACGCUUGGCCGUUCCGAACUGGUGAGGAUACUGCUCAGAGCUGGGGCAGACCCCAACCGGCGGUCAACCGGUAACUGUGAUACCAUUUUCACCGCAUGGACCCUAGUCGACAACCGGGCGCUGCAGCGACUCCAUCCGAGAUUCCGACUAACCUAUCCGCUGAUUAUCGGCACGUUGUACAAGCACAAGAAGAUAGUGGAGUUCCUUCUUCAGAACGGAGCGGAUGCGACGGUACGGGAUGAGCUCGGGUUUACUCCCGCAUACUUCGCGGUCUACCAUGGAGAGUUGGACCUGUUGCGAUCGUUGAUUUUCCGUGGCGCUGAUGUCGGAUGGCUGCGUGAGUUUAUCCCUAGCGAAACUAAAGAAAGUUGCGCACUGCACGCGGCCGCUCGUUUUGGUUACUUGGAAGUGUUCCAGCUUCUGGUGGAACAAUACGGGUUCGAUCCAGCGUUUCCGGAUGAAAAUCGGAACACUUGCCUUCAUCAUGCAAUCACCAACAAACGAUGUAAGAUCGUGGAAUAUUUGCUAGAGUUUGAUUGUUGGAGUGUCCGUGAUAAUCGCAACCAAACUCCGAUAGAUCUUGUUUUGACACAACUAGACGACGAGAUGUUCAAGUUGUUCAGGAAAAGGGUGGAUAGCGACGAGAUCGUUGAAUCGUAUCGUGGAGAAAAACAACGGACAGUACUUCAUCUAGCGGCGUCUGCGGGAAGCCCUUCUCUUCUUCAAACACUACUGAGCGGAUUUAGUUUCGAUGUCAACGGUACUGACCAAUUGGGUAACACUCCCAUUUACUAUGCGGUUCAGCAGAAAGACCUCGAAAAGGUUAAGUUCCUGCUCAAAGCAGGAGCGACUCUUGUCGGACCAUGCGGAGAAGAACAGAUACCCCCUUUUGCGACGGCGGCUAUAACGAACCAACUCGAUAUCGUUGAACUCUACAUUCAAGAUAAUGCUUCCGACACUUUGAUCACGUUGCGUGACUAUCGUUCCAAAGGCCAUAACCUGUUGGAAAUGAGCAUUUGGAGAAACAAUUUCACAAUGUGUGAGCUGAUGUUGACCACUGUCGGUUUUGAUGUGAACCAAACCGCAGACAGUGGAUCCACAGCGCUCCAUUUGACGGCAGCACUCAGUUCAGUAAAAAUAGCGGAACUUUUGCUGCGCCAAGGUGCCGACAUAGAUGCUAUCAACGGCGAUGGGAAAACCGGUCUCACCGUUGCUAUUGAGAGCGGGAAUUGGAAGGUGGCCCAAUAUCUGCUGGCGAAAGGCGCCUCUCGCCAAAAUGUCUGCGAGUUUCGCUACAAUGGAAAUCCAGGCAUGUCGCUUCUUCACCAUGUUGCGGCCAAUGGUAUACUUGACUCCCUGAAGCUCCUCAUUGAGCGAGAGUUUUUUCCUCGAUCGAUGCCAGAUGAAGCGGGUAGGACGAUUGGUCAUUACGCUGCGGCAAAUAACCGGGGGAACAUUGUUGAAUAUCUGAUACUCAAGGAAUUCCCUCUUGAUCUGUUGGAUAGCGACGGAAGGUCGGCACUUACUGUUGCCUUAGAGAUGGGUCACCUAAAAUUGGCAAAAAGAUUGAAAACCAUUGGAUCUUCGCUGAAAGUUGUACAAUCCUAUAACGAUAAACACUCGCUGCUGCACACCGUGAUGACACGGAAGUAUUUUGAUGUCGCAAGGUAUCUUCUGAAGGAAUGCAAUCUAAGCGACUCGUCGAGAGCGAAUUACGAGGAAACGUUGAAAACCUCUAAUCAAACAAACCCCUCAUCAGAACCCGAAAUGUUAGAAAAGUCACCCCUUCAUUCCGUCGUAGAGCGAAACGAAAGCAAUGCGAUUGAGCAGACCAUCCAAGAAUACAAUCUUUCAACAGACAUUACGGAUUCGCUCGGGAGAACACCCCUUCAUUACUGCAGCAUUUUCAACAAUAUGGAUGCGGCCCGAAAACUGUUAGAACUGGGUGCUACGAUUGAUCAGGAAGACAAUACUCAUGCAACACCAUUGAUCAACUGUCUAUUGAAUGGACACAAACUGUUGGCCGAAUAUUUGAUCAACGCGGGGGCAUCCCUUGUGAAGGUUGUACAAUACCGUAUGCCUUCGAUCGACCGAGAAACAAUUCUUCAUGUCGUAGCCCGGAAGGGAUUCACAGCGAUACUACAUUUACUCCUGAACUUUUCUGUGUUCGACAUUGAUGUUGGUGACAAAGAUCUGACCACGCCGCUUCAAGAAGCGGCUAUGUACGGUCAGAAGGAAUGCGUGGAAAUGCUGCUCAAAGCGGGAGCCAAUCCCAACAUUGUAGACCAACAAGAUACAAACGCGCUCACCCGAGCGUUUCUAGGGUACCAUGAAGACAUUGUACACACUCUUAUGAAGAACGAUGUAAACACGAGUAAUUCCAAGUCCUUCCGAGUUAGCCAGAGACACGGAGAAUCUCUGCUACAUCUAGCGACGGAUUCAAAUCUCAACCUAGUCGAAACUCUCAUUAAUAAAAUAGGAAUCGAUGUGAACGUAACCGACAAACAUGGACGAACAGCACUACAUUACGCCGCCGAACUGGGUCUUAAUGAUGCGAUCCGUCAUUUGUUGCGACACGGAGCCGAUGUGGGUAUUGCAGACCAUCUACAGCGAACUCCGGUAAUUUUGGCAACGCUGCGUGAACGCAGCGAUUCUGCUGAAAUAUUAUUCCAAGCGGCUACCCAUGUGGAAUGUCUUGUGCAGUAUCGUCAGCCAAACUCACUGAAAUCAGUUCUCCACAUUGCGCUCGAUAACGGUCACUAUGGCUUUUUAAUACAACUACUCUCGAGAUCGGGGUUCAAGGCGCAGGUCGUUGAUGUCGAAGGAAAAAAUAUUCUACACUACGCGAUUGAAAAAGAAAUAUUUGAACUAGUGGAACAACUUUGCAGUAAUCCGGAGCUGCUGUUCAUCAAAGAUCUCACCGGGAACACCCCCCUCGAUAUUUGCUUGAACAGAUCAAAUAUAGAGACAUUCCGCGCCAUUCUGAAACCCAUGACAAAGAUAGCCUAUUCCGAAUACAAUACAAUGAUCUUGGAGAACCUAGUUAAUCACACAUCAAACGAACUCCUCAAACACUACUGCCAAUGGCUGGUAGACAACCAACGGGAUCACGUUGUCGGAAACAGACGGAUUGUUAGCCUACUGGACUCGUUUUACGACGAACAUGCCAUUCAAAUGGCGGUAAUGAGAAACAACGUUGAAGUGCUACGUCUCCUGUUGGUUUGUGGCAUCGAUCAAUCAAUUCUUGAGAAGCCUGCCUUACCGAUGAAGUUCACCUGGUUGCAUGUGGCUGCAAUGAACAACUUUGCUCUUAUAGCAGGAAUUCUCAUGUCCCAAAUCAAGGUUCCGGUUGACAGUCUAGACGCAAUCGGUCAGUCCCCUCUCGGCUACGCAGCUCUUUUGCAACACGUGGAAACAGCCCGUGUUUUACUCCGACACGGGGCAAACGUAAACUUGUUAGAUUCGACCCUUAGACCGCCUCUCGCCACGGCACUACAGAACAACCAAAUGGAGAUGAUCGAGCUGUUGAUCCAACAUGGAGCCGAUAUAGGCUUGGUGCAUGAACACUUCCGCAGCCAGAACAUGCCACUGUCGCUGAUACAUUUCCUGGCGGACCGAGGAUCCCCGGAAGUUUUUAUGACACUACUUCCAUCCACAGGACCCGACUGUACGGACAGUUUCCGGAUGACACCCAUGCAUUACGCCGCUUGCUCCAAUCGGUUGGACAUAAUCGACAUUUUACAUGAAGCUGGAGCUGCGAUUGAUUGGCCUGAUAGUGACGGCGCAACGCCACUGAUGAGGGCCGCUUUCAAAGGACACGUUCAAGCCUAUCGAAGGUUGUGCCAAUGGGGUGCGAGUGUGGAAUUGUUAAAGAAUUUUCGCAGCCAACUCUAUGAUAACGAUAACGCGUUACACUUCGUCGCCAGGAAGGGACACCUUGCGAUGGCGAAAAUACUGGUUGAGGAGCUACAGAUGGAGGUCGACAGUUUGGAUAACGAUGGUAAUACCCCACUGCAUGGUGCUGCAAUUCUGGGGCGUUUUAAAAUGAUAAAAUAUUUGUUGCAAAAUAAUGCUACAAUGAGCAUUGCAAAUAAUGCCGAUACAACGGUUUUACAUAUUUUGGAAUCAAUUGGCUGGGACUUUGGUAUAGAGGAAUGAAUACUCGAGCAGCUCAAAAUUAGUAUAGACGAAUGACUGAUAGAAAGAUUGAUAGAUUCAAACAUUUCUCAUCUUUCGGGAAAUUCGGAUGCCGAACCAAUAAAGAUUGAUUUUUUUACAUCUUUCUACACUAUUCAGCAAGUGCGUGAGUCAUCGGUGCUAAUGAAUGAUAACCUUGGUAAGUGAACCGUACGGGGUAGACAUUUCCAACUAAAUACUUUUAAAAUGACCUGAACAGAUUUUGUCAUAGUAGUAUUUUCAUUAAGAAAAUGAAGCUUCAUACUGCCUCUCCAAGCACAGAACGAAGUCUUCAUAUCAAAGCGGCUAGCCCCACCUCUGAUGCGAAUGAGACUACCCAUGAUUUUUUCCGCUUCUACAAAUUUUGUUCGAAAACUGCAAUGUAAAUUUUUGGCUUGAUAUUGUCAAAUUACUCGAAAUGUACAUUUUGACGCAAAUUUAACUACUCUCAAAAUACAUCAGGCACGAUUCAUCCCAAAUCUUGACACAUAGAACGUUCUUCUUUGGUGUUUCUUGCGAGGAGGAUGGAUUGGUUAAAAAUGGAUCUCAAAAUGCGAUCCAAUAGAUUUAAGUCUCAGCCUUUGAGGAUGUCAUUCAUCCGUUCAUAUGAACAACUUAGCAAUAUCAAGCAAUAUAUUAGUUUCGUGCAUAAUUGUGUGCAAAAUCCAUUCAGUAUUUAACUCAGAUAAGCUUACUUAAGGAUAACACAGUUAAGAUUAAGUAAAUUUAGUAAAAACUGUUCUAUAUG